CAACUGGCGGCAUCUCUGACUACAGAUCCUGGAGCCAUUGCGGGUUCCUAUCUCUUUCUCUCGUUAAGGCAACCAAGGGACCAUCCUCAGCAUCAUUCCUGGGCUCUUUUUCAAGGGGAGAUGAAAGGGCCCAAGGAUGGCCUCGGGGAUGCAGCUACGCGGUAGCUCUAAUCUCAGUGAAUCUCGCACAGUCUUUGUGUCAUGACUCAGGGAGCUUCUUCUUUCCGCGAAUGCAGCAAGAGGACGCUCUUCACGCAGAUUUUCAGCGCAAAAAGAGCGUGCGGAGUACGCGCCUCACGCAACUCAAUCUCUUGCGCAUUUUUCUCACAAGGCACGUAGACGACACUCGUAAAUUUACACGAAGCUUUCCUAGGCUCGUCGUGGUCUCGUCUACUACUUCUAUAGUACGUGGUCCAACUACAUCUUCUACCUCACAGUCAUCUCGUUUUCAAAGACACGAAGAACAGCUGCAGGAUUCAAGAACACCAAGAAGCACCUACAACUGGGAUCCACGUGCUUUUGUCUCCCUUCUAGCAGAGGCAGUCAACGCUGAGAUGUUUUUUGGCAUCUUUCCACGUCAAAAAUUUUUUGAACCGGUACUCGAGAAACUGCGUUUGGAAGUUGCUUUUUUAUCGAGUGGCAUUCAGAAAGCUCAAGAAAAAAUGUCCUCCAGUGGAAUUGUUCAGGAAUCUUCUCGUCCAGGCUCUUCCUCUACUAAGCUGCAGACUUUGUCUUUGGAUCGCCUUGUGGCAUUUCGUGAUUUACUAUCCUGUGUCCGAGCUCGAUUACAGUCGGUUGAGGACUCUGCGACGCAGAUUACGAGCAGCAAGAUAAGCGUCCGAAGCGGGGACGUCGUGCGUGGACGAGGACUGGACAAAAGCGCUCAUCUUCAUCCAGAUCAUGACAAGCCAACAGUAAUAGCUUCCAGAAGGACUACGUCCUCUAAAUCGGAACUCAAUGUACAAGCAGAAAAAUUAAAGAUGGAUGCGCUGGCGUCUUCAUUGUGGGAUUCCGAGUUUGAUGACUUUAUUGCGCCGGCUCGAAUUUCAUACGGCGGCGAAAGUCUAGAUUCCGUGGUUUUGCGUAUUUUUCAUCGUCUCAGUGCUGUUGACAACUCCCGAAAAAAAGAUGCAGAUACAAGUGGUACAACUCGCGGAUCUCCUGGAAGUAGCAUUUCUCAUUUGUUCGGACGUCGAUUUGUUGUCAUGGGUGUCGGCCCCGCAGGAGUCGAGCACUAUGCGCGCCACUUGAAGCAGUUUUACGACUGGAGCGGCGUCCUGCUCGAUGCCGGCUUUUCGCAUCCGCGCAUCGAUUACUUGUAUAGCGCUCAACUACAUCAUAUGUAAACUGGCUCGAAAUCAAAGAAUUAGAAUCGGUUACAUCAAACACAAACGUUUUGCGAGCACGUUAGAGUAUUUUGUUCACUAUGAUCUUCAUUUAAUACCAUUGGUGUUAUCUAAAACGUUCACAUUGAUUACCGUCUCAUCCAUUUUGUUGUAGUUUGCGUUCUAAGAUGCUACGGAAUUUGUGACUCCGCAAAAUGUAGGAUACCUUUUGGGUGAGAAAUAUGGACGGGUAAUUUUUGGUCCGACUCCGACUCAGAACGAAAACGAUGAGCCGCCGCGUCUUGAUCUUUUGGCGAUUUUGAUAGAGGGAAGCGAGUGGCACGUGCUAAAAGCCCUUCUUGCCGACCCUAGGAAGUUUCUCCACCCCCGCGUCGUAGUAAGCAACCACAUUCAUGGUUUCAUGUUAUGGAACUUGAUAGACGAAACCUUGGUGCGCGAUAUUUUGUUUUCUAUCCUGAAUGAUUUGGUGGUCAAUGUAUUCUCACACAAAUAAAUUUUUUUUUUUUCUAAGAGAGUAAGCAGCACAAGAAUCUAUUUUGACAUCUAACUAGUCGCCCAGAUCAUCACGUUCCCUGGAAUCUCACGCUGGUGCCUAGACUAGAAGUGUUCCGUGAAAACCGGCGCAAGAAAAUGGAUGAAGAGGAGCAGCAGACAGCGCCAGGAGCAGUUCAACACGACUACAGGAAGUUGUAUGGGCCAAGCGUGCGAGCGCUGCAGCGGUUGCUAGGCUCCUUCGGAUACGCGCUCGUCUAUGUGGGUUUCUACACUGCAAUCUUCGUGUUGCGCAGCGAAUGGAGUGCUUCUCAACAGGUUGGCGACCACGAUGGAGCUCCGAAUUAUGCUUUGAAAAAUAAACUUCGUCGACUAGCACAACAUGGAACAGAGGAAGAUGUCCUUCGCCUGUGCCAUCGUUUUCAGAAGACGCAACGAUUAGAUCGGAUGCUUCCACACAUAGCUGGUUUGGAUAUGUGCUCCGAUGUGAAAAAUGUUGUCGGCUAUUCCCGCAAGGAAUUCAGAGACCACUUCUUAUCGCCAGCUGAGGUGGAGGCAGAACUUUUCCACCUGUCGAAAGUGACAUCACAUCUAGUGAAUGAUAGUCGGGUGAUUCAUCAUGUUGAAGAAGAUGUCAUUCUCAGUCUCAGUGGCCUCAGAUGAACAUGACUGUGAAAAGCUGUGUGAGACGGGCAUCCAUUGUGUAAACGACAUUCUUUGAAUAAUCCGGCUACAACGAGAAGGAACGACGUAGGAAGCGCCGUCUGUCA